AUGGCGGGGGUCCCCAUCAUGGUCCUUUUCUGCGGAAAGCACUGCGGCAUCUACGCCUGCAACGGCUGCAGCGGCUUCUUCAAGCGCAGCGUCCGCAGGAAGCUCAUCUACAGGUGCCAGGCAGGGACAGGGCUGUGCCCAGUGGACAAGGCGCACCGCAACCAGUGCCAGGCCUGCCGGCUCAAGAAGUGCCUGCAAGCCGGCAUGAACAAGGAUGCUGUGCAGAACGAGCGCCAGCCCCGCAGCACGGCCCAGGUCCGGCUGGACAGCAUCGAGCUGGACGCUGAGCUGCCCCCCGAGCACGUGGCCACCACCCGUGAGGUCCCCCCGACCCCCUGCCCAGCUCCCCAUGGUCCUGGUGCUGCCGUCACUGUCACCCCGGGUCCCCGAGCGCCCACGCCACCCACCAACCAUCGCUUCAUGGCCAGCCUGAUGACGGCCGAGACCUGCGCCAAACUGGAGCCUGAGGAUGCUGAUGAGACAGUGGAUGUGACGGGCAGCGAGCCGGAACGGGCAGUUGGCGAGUACCAGGUGGCACCGUACCCAGCGACCAGCCCCGAAAACGUCUACGAGACGUCGGCGCGUCUCCUCUUCAUGGCUGUGAAAUGGGCCAAAAACCCGCCCAUCUUCUCCAACCUGCCCUUCGGUGGGGUGAUCCUGCUGGAGGAAGCGUGGAGCGAGCUGUUCCUGCUCUGUGCCAUCCAGGGGUCCAUGCCCCUGACCCGCGGCCUGAAGGACCCCGAGCAGGUGGAGAACCUACAGGACCAGUCGCAGGUGAUGCUGGGCCAGCACAACCGUUCUCACUACCCUGGGCAACCCGUCAGGUACCGCCGUCCGGCGCUGCGCUUCAUCUCCUCCGAGCGCGUGGAGCUGCUCUUCUUCCGCCGGACCAUCGGCAACACCCCCAUGGAGAAGCUGCUGUGCGACAUGUUCAAGAACU